GCUUCCAAGACGACCAACCGAUAAAUGUGUCGAUAGCCAGACGCACAGUCGAGCUUUUAUACGAACGAUGCCCGAUCUCCUCUCCAUGCUCCUCGGUCUCAUUCGUCCCGAAAUUGAAUUGGUUAAUUGACAGACUUAAUCGAGAACAGAUUGUCCGACUGAUCGCCUGGGGUGCCAAGUUCGAUCUGUUACAAGCGACAGGGAAAACGCCAAGAUACUAUGCUGACAUUUUCCGAUCUGAUAGAAAUUAUCUCAGUAAAGCACAGGAGGAAGUUCAAAUUAAGAGGAUUUUACAGUAUACUAGCCUAGAUUAUCCUAUUGGACAUGGAUUUGUUAAAGGAAAAGUAAAAGUAUAUAACCUAAAACUUGUCACUUGUCAAUUGAAUAGAAUUAUCAAUUCAAUCAUUCUAUAAGAGGUUGCCGUCAUUUAGGUAAUCCUACUGUAUCUUAUAUGUGAAUUAUUAGCCUUCUGUAUCGAUUAUCUAAUAAUUCAUAACCUCUAAUAAGUAACUACAUACAAGUAGUGAUAGAUUUUUAAGGAAAGUUUCAAGAAAUGUUUUUUAAGGUAGGUUUUUCUAAUGGAGAAAUCUAUUGCUAUGGACAACAAACAAAUGAAAUUCUAAAUAAUUUAAUUUCAAAUAAAUGAGAAUUCAACAACUUAUUCUCUACAUACACUCAUCAUCCACGUAAGAUUUUUUCCACUGUCCACAAUUGAUCCAUUAAAGUUACUAUCCUAUUUCCGUUAGAACAGAGAGAAAGCAGAAGAAGGAAACAAUAGAGAGAGAGGCACAGCUUCGGAGAUUGUGUUAAACCUGUUACAAAUCCCGGUAGAGUCAAUGAAUCUAUCCGUACGAACAUUUCCGUCUUGCGGUGACGACAAAGAAUGAAAGUGAGGAUAGGAAGAGAAAAAGAGAUAAACAACGAUGAGAAAGCGAAAGAAACGAUACGGGGGUGGUUGCAAAGGUUCUCCCAGGACGUAUCCACGAUCCUCAUUAAGUAUGGAGGAGCGUAGAUCUCGAUUGAAAUUGAGAUGAAUCGCUUCGUGAGACGUCAGGAUUGGCCUCGGUUGGGGGUGGGUGUUUUUUCAGUUGAACUUUAUUUCAAAUGAAAUCGAUACUGUCAAGGAAAGGGAGAAGAAAAAUAAGGUUUACUCCAUGGAAGCGACAAUUGGAUGAAAAAGAAAAGAGAAAGGAGAAAUAGAGUAGUGUAAGGUAGCUUGCACCCCUAUAAAACCAGCGACUGAACACCGUAUCGACAUCAUUCGCCGACAACGUUCCGCGAUAACGUGCCCUCAAACGAAGCGAUGAUCGGUUCCGUCGCGUUUCUGUCUUUCAACCGCCUUAUGACCAUGGCAAUUUGCGUACUGCUAUGUGUGGUCUAUUUGGUGUCCUGCGCUUCCGGAGAAUACGGUACGUUCUACCGAUUGUGAAUUAUACAGGAAGUUUAACAACCCUCUGACGGUGUAAUAUAACGAAAAAUUCAGGAUGAUUUAGGAAACAAUUAUUCCUUUCUUGCAAAAGUUUUUGUAUUUUGAUUACCAGUUAGAAGAGCUACAUUCUUCCAACUUUUCAACCAUUUCAAUUUUUUUAUAAGUGAACAAUUUUUUAUAAGAUGUGGAAUUUGUGAUAAAAUGACUCAGUCUCUCUCGUGAUGCAUUUCGAAGAGAUAUUAAGGAAGCUAGGUCAAAGACCGAGAAACUACAUAUACAUACGUGUUAUUAUUUUACCAUUUCCACAUGUAUCGUUAUUUGUACGUGUUAUACUCUUUCAAAUAGAAGGUAGAGAUUCCUCGAGUAGCACGAGCAAUGACAGAGCACCGAGCAACGAGUUUGGCUCGUGCAGCGACGGCAAGUGCAUCAAACGUACCUCGCAGGAUAUUACCAGCGGUAUGUGGUUUGGCCCACGAUUGGGGCGACGACGCAGGACGGACAGAAAACCGGAGCUCGAUUUUGACAUUGAAACUCUGGCCAACGCGCUCGAUGGGUCACGUUGGGCCAUCAUCACGAUUCCAGGAACAGAUAGGCGUCAAGCAAAGCAGUUCACACCCCGUUUGGGGAGAGAAUCAGGCGAAGAAUAUUUCUCAUACGGGUUUCCAAAUGAUCAGGAAGAGUUGUACGCGGAGGAACAAAUUUUCCCACCUUUGUUUGCACCACGUUUAGGACGUAAAGUACCUUGGAUACCAACUCCAAGGCUUGGACGUCAAUUGCACAAUAUAAUUGAUAAACCUAGACAGAACUUCGAUGAUGCACGCUUUUAAGACUGGUUCGACCUGCUGGAUGAUUAAUAGCUAAUGAUAUAGUGUAAUUAAGAUCAUAUUUAAGAAAAUAAAGGACUUGUAUUUAUUUGUAUUAUAA